AUGGCUCCUCGUGGGAGAGGCGGGCGCGGGGCCCGGGGCCACCGUGCGGGUGGGGGGCAGCGGGUCCCCGUGGGCAUCGCGCUGCUCCUGCCCGUGCUGGCGGCGGCGGCCGGGCUGAGCCUGCAGCCGGGCAGGAUGCGGCACCUGGGCGUCUGCCCCAACCAGCUGAACCCCAACCUGUGGGUGGAUGCCCAGAGCACCUGCGAACGGGAGUGCCAGGCCGACCAGGACUGCGAAGACUUUGAGAAAUGCUGCACCAACGUGUGUGGGCUGCGGAGCUGCGUGGCCGCGCGCUUUGCCGACGGCAGCGUUCCGGCGCUGGCGCCCGCCGCCUCCUGCGAGAGCUUCGUGUGCGCGCAGCAGGGCUCCGACUGCGACAUCUGGGACGGGCAGCCCGUCUGCAAGUGCAAGGACCGCUGCGAGAAGGAGCCCAACUUCACUUGCGCCUCCGACGGCCUCACCUACUACAACAAAUGCUACAUGGACGCUGAGGCGUGUCUGCGCGGCACCCGCCUCACCACCGUGCCCUGCAAGCACAUCUUCACCUGGCCCGACACUAGCCCCGUGCCGCAGGAGACCACGGCGCGACCCACGCCGGGUGCCGGCCCCGAGGUGCCGGUGCCCCCCGCCCUCUACACCAACCCCUUCCACCAGUCCGUGCGCGCCGGUGGCACCGUCAGCUUCCGCUGCGACGUGAGCGGGCGCCCGCAGCCCGACAUCACCUGGGAGAAGCAGAGCGAGCGGGAGGAGAACUUCAUUAUGCGGCCGGACCAGAUGUACGGCAACGUGGUGGUCACCAACAUCGGCCAGCUGGUCAUCUACAACGCCCGCCACGAGGACGCCGGUAUCUACACCUGCACGGCCCGCAACGCCGCCGGGCUGCUCCGCGCCGACUUCCCGCUGUCGGUGGUAAGGCGGGAGCCGGGGGGGACCCCGCGGACCGGCAGCCCCCAGCCCUUCCCCAGCGCCGAGUGCCUGAAGGAGCCGGACCGGCGGCGCUGCGAGGCCACGGAGGUGCGCUGGCAUUUCGAUGCCAAGCAGGGCUCCUGCGUCACUUUCCGCUACGGCGGCUGCGGGGCCAACAGGAACCACUUCGAGACGUACGAGGAGUGCCGAGCCGCCUGCCUGGGCAGCGCCCGCCCCACCUGCCUCCUGCCCAUGGUGCAGGGACCCUGCCAGAACUGGGAGCCACGCUGGGCGUACAACCACCUGCUGAAGCAGUGCCACUCCUUCGUCUACGGCGGCUGCGAGGGCAACACCAACAACUUUGAAAGCAAGGAGACGUGCGAGGACGUGUGCCCCUUCCCCAAGAGCCUGCAGUGCAAGGCCUGCCGCCUGAAGAGCAAGAUGGUGCUGAGCCUCUGCCGCAGCGACUUCGCCAUCGUGGGGCGGCUCAUGGAGAUCGUGGAGGACCAGGACUCCGGCAUAGCCCGCUUUGCCCUCGAGGACGUCCUCAAGGAUGAGAAGAUGGGCCUCAAGUUCUUCAACAUCAAGUACCUGGAGGUGACCUUGACCGACAUGGACUGGAGCUGCCCAUGCCCCAACAUGACGGCAGAGGACGGGCCCCUGAUCAUCAUGGGCGAGGUGCACGACGGAAUGGCCACGCUGGACCCCAGCAGCUACGUUCGGGCGGCCAACGACAAACGGGUGAAGAAGAUCUACGAGCUGAUGGAGAAGAAAACCUGCGACCUCCUGAACCGCUUCCAGGACUAG